AUGGCGGCGCAGGAGCCGCCGCGGCCGCCCCCGGGCGCCGCCGAGCCCCCGGAGCCGGAGCCCGGCGGGCGCUACGAGGCCGUGGUGCCGCACUGGUUCUACUGCAAGGUCACGGACUCGCGGGAGCGCUGGGUGCCGUUCAGCGCGCAGGACUCGGAGCGGCUGGAGGCGGCGCACGGCGCAGGGAAGGAGCAGGCUGCCGUGGUGGUGCCCACCUCGGGGGGCAGGUACGACGUGCACCUGCAGGCGCGGCAGCGCGUGGCCGUGUACUGGGAGGAGGAGGCGGCCGAGGUGCGGCGCUGCACCUGGUUCUACAAGGGGGACAAGGACAACAAGUUCAUUCCCUACUCAGAGGCCUUCAGUGAGGAGCUGGAGGAAGCUUACAUGAUUGCCGUGACCCUGGGUGAGUGGAAGAAGAAGCUGGAGUCCCCCAACAGAGAAGUCAUUAUCCUGCACAACCCAAAGCUGAUGGUUCACUACCAUCCCGUUGCCAGCUCUGAUGAUUGGGUCUCCACCCCCACGGAGCAAGGCCGGCCCCGCACUGUGAAGAGAGGAGUGGAGAACAUCGCUGUGGAGAUCCCCAAUGGAGAGCCUCUGCAGAUCGACCACCUGGUGUUCGUGGUGCACGGCAUCGGCCCCGCCUGCGACAUCCGAUUCCGCAGCAUCGUGCAGUGUGUGAAUGAUUUCAGGAACGUGUCGCUCAGCAUGCUGCAGUCGCACUUCAGGAAGGCCCAGGAGCAGCAGCAGGUCGGGAGGGUGGAGUUCCUGCCUGUGAACUGGCACAGCUCCCUGCACUCCACUGGUGUGGACGUUGACCUGGAGCGGAUCACGCUGCCCAGCAUCAACCGCCUGCGUCACUUCAUCAACGACACCAUCCUGGACGUGUUCUUCUACAACAGCUCCACCUAUUGCCAGACCAUCGUGGACACGGUGGCCUCGGAGAUGAACCGCCUGCACCGGCUCUUCCUGCAGAGGAACCCGCACUUCAGGGGCGGCGUGUCCAUCGCGGGGCACAGCCUGGGGUCGCUCAUUUUGUUUGAUCUCCUGACAAACCAGAAGGCUGAUCCCAAGGAGCAGGAGCACUGUGUGCAGGGGUCCAGGACAACCUCAAGCAUGGGGGGUAUUGAGGAGGUGAAAGAAAUCCUGAAGAAGCUGGAGCUGUCUGAGUACUGUGAUGUUUUUGAGAAGGAGAAAAUGGACAGGCAAGCACUGUUCUUGUGCACAGAGAACAACCUGAAAGAAAUGGGAAUUCCCUUAGGGCCCAGAAUGAAAAUACUCCAUUACAUCAGCUCUGAGACAGGGAUGAAGGGUCAGAGCUCAGCAGCUCCUGGGCACAGUGAAGGUGGGGCUGAGCCAGGGUCCCCAUCCCAGCUUGGGGACAGCUCUGAGGAUGGCAGGAGCUGCCAGUACCGGGACGUUGGCUUGGGACAGGUGUCGGCAAACUACCCCCAGCUGAACUACAAGCCCAGCAUCUUCUUUGCCUUUGGCUCUCCCAUCGGGAUGUUCCUCACAGUGCGAGGAGUGAAGCGCAUCGACCCCAACUACAGCCUGCCCACCUGCAAAGGCUUCUUCAACAUCUUCCACCCCUUUGACCCGGUGGCGUAUCGGAUCGAGCCCAUGAUCGUCCCAGAGCUGGAGUUCGAGCCCAUGCUGCUGCCCCACCACAAGGGCAGGAAGAGGAUGCACCUGGAGCUGAAGGAAGGGCUGACCCGCAUGAGCGUGGACCUGAAGAACAACCUGCUGGGCUCCCUGAGGGUGGCCUGGCAGUCCUUCACCCGCUCCCCCGUGCCAGCCCUGGAGGCAGGGAGCUCUGAAGCUGAGGCAGAGGCAGAGGCUGGCACUGAGAAGCAGCCAGACACAAAGGCAGAGGAGCCCCCAGCAGCAGUGAAGGAGGAGACCCCUCCCAUCAACGUGGGGAGGCUGAACGGGGGGAACCGCAUCGACUACGUGCUGCAGGAGAAGCCAAUAGAGAGCUUCAACGAGUAUUUGUUUGCACUCCAGGGGCAUCUCUGCUACUGGGAGUCGGAGGACACUGUUCUGCUGGUUCUGAAGGAGAUCUACCAGACACAAGGCAUCACACUGGACCAGCCUUUACCAGGGAGCCAGUGACCCCCCUGUGCUGUUCUGGCUGUUCAAUCCCACAGAGCACUCACCAGGAAAGUCCAGAUCUCUUCUCUGCCUUCCUCUCUCCUCUGCUGCCGUGUCCUGCAUGCUGCUUCCCAAGUACUUGCUGCUGCCUGGAGCUAAGGAUGGAUUUUCCUCCAUUUUUGGCUAGGGGUAGGGGGAAAAACUGUCAAGGAAAACCACUUCUGCUCAAACACACACACACACACCACCUGCACAGUGACUCCCUGUGGCAACCUGUACUUUAAGCCUGCACCCUGUGAGUCCCCACACCAGCAGACGAGGGCUCAGAGCCCACACCUGGCUCUGUGAGGACACUCCCAGCCUGGAACCUUGAGGAGAAAAAGCCUUAAACACAGCGUGGGAAGAGCUGCAGCAGCCUUGGAGCAAGGGAGAUUGCUGACUGCUAACACAAACCCCCCAGCAGGGCCCAGGAGGUGAAGCCCAGGGCACAGAGUGCUGCUGAGCCACGGGGGCUGGCCAGCAUCAUCCCUGCACUGCUGCUGCAUCUCUGUGCACCCCUGCACUGCUGCUGCAUCUCUGUGCACCCCUGCAGCACCCCAUGAGAGUGGCAUGCUCGUGCUCCUCCCUGCUGUGGGGUGCUGCUGGGGACAGCUCAGCACCCCAUCCCAGCCCACCCUGACCCUCCCCAGUGCUGCUGGGGACAGCUCAGCACCCCAUCCCAGCCCACCCAGACCCUCCCCACAGCCCUGACCCAGCCAGUGCUCUGCUGUCCCUGCUCUGAGGAAAGCUUUCCCCCCAGUGGCAGGCAGGGUGAGCCCUCUGAGCCCUGCAGGGACACUGAGCAGUGCUGCUGUCCCACGGGGCUGGCAGGUGAGCACAGAGAUCUGUGCCCUCCAUGCUCACGUCCUGGUUUAGCUUUCAAUGUACAAAACGCAGCCAGCAAAGGUGGAGCUCAGAUCCAGCAGGGUCUGGCCACUGCAGGAAUGACAGCAGCUCUGUAGGCAGCUCAGUCUGCAGCUGCCUUGAAGCUCUUUUCUGAGGGGGCAGGGCUGGAGAGCCUCUGUGAUCCUUCCCUGGGCACCAAAGCCCCCGGGCUGGGGCUCCAGUGCUGUGUGAGGUGUUGUUGUGCAGCCUUUGGAGAGCCAAACCACUUUCCCUCCUGCUGACUUUUGCCCUGCAUGGGGUAAGGAGCCU